AUUCCAUCUCGACACACGACCCAACCUUCAUCCCGAUCGCCAACGGUCCUUUGCAAUCGAGCGUAAUCGCACGCGCGCGAAUAAAAGAAAGGGAAGACAGGGAAAGAGAGACAGGGACAAGAACCUCCCCCGCGUUCUUUCGUUCUCCGAUCGAUCGCGCCCGAUCUUAGUUCGCGCGAACCGGUGAGAGCCGAUCUGCGAGGUAGAAGCAAGAGAAGCCGAAGAGGACAUCACUGUGCCCGACGUCGACUCGACCAAGAGUUCCACGUUUACGGAGGAGAGAAAAAGACAUAUCAAAAUGCUAAAAUUCGCUGUGGUGACGAUGGUAUGCCUCUUGGGGCUGAAGAUGAUCGCUGCGAUGCCAGUGGCCGAUCACCACGAGGGCCAUGAGCCGCUACCAGUUGUACCUCUCGAGGAGAAGACUGCGGUAGAGUCUCUGAAGGCGGCGGAGACGGCUUCGGGAGCCGUGCAGAGCAACGCAGCCGCGGCACCUGUGGCGGCUAGCCAGCCAGCACAGCCAGUGGCCGAGCAACCCGCUGCGGUUGAUGCGCCUGCUGUGAGAAGCAGCGAAUCUAGCGAGGAAGCUCAGCCGGGCGAGCCGAAGAAGGACGAACCGCUGCAGCCGCAGCAGCCGAAACCGGCGUCCGAGGAAGCUCAAGCGCAGCCCAAGUCCUCUGAGGAACAACUCGAGGAGAAGGAAGAGCCGAAGGUAUUGCCCACCGCCGAAGCCGAGAAGAAACAAGAACAAGAACCCCUCAAGGAAGCGGCAUCCGAAACGAAGGAGUCCGUGCAGCCCGCGCCGCAAGAACAACCGGCCGAAGUCCUGGCCGAGAAGAAAGAGGAACAGGUAGCCGUCGAAGGCAAGAGCGCGGAAGCGGCCGCACCCGCGGCCGAGAAGCCCGUGGCCAUCGAGAAGCGCGCUGACGAUUCCGCCGAGAAGAUCGCUAAGGAAGAGCCGAAAGAGGAGAAGAAGCUAGAGGAGCCGGUAGCACAGCCAGCCCCGAAGAAAGAAGAGUCAGCGGAAAUUCCUGCCGUUUCCGAGGAGAAAAAAGUUGAAUUGAAGGCCGAACAAGUAAAUCUGCCGAAAGAAUCUGAGGUCACUCACUCGCUCGCCCACGCCAAGGUCGAGGACAAGCCCGACCGCGUAACCCGCGACGCUGAAGAAUCCGCCGCGCCUGCCCCCGCCGCCGCCGCCGCUGCCGCCGCAGCUGCAGCCCCCGCUGAAGCUCCCGCUGCUCAGGAACCGGCUCAGCCGCAGGAAAAAUCUGCGUCUGUCGCCAAGGCCGAGCAGACCGUAGCGGAAGUAGCUGCGCCGGUGGAGGAGCCGAAACCCGUCGAGAAGAGCGAGCAGGUUGAGAAGAGCGAACAGCUGGAGACGGCACUCGCCGAGCAGUCGGCUGUCAAAGUCGAGGAGCCGAUCAAGAGCGAGGAGAAGGUAGUUGUCGAAAAGGAGAUUGAAAAAGAAGCAAAAAGUGCCGAUUCUCCUGUCCAGCAAGCGGAGGCGGCCAAGGAGCAACAGCCCGUGCAGCCUCAGGAAUCCAGCCAGAUUAAACGGGAUACAGCGGAAGCUGAACAGGUAGCCGAGCUGCCUCAGGCCAAGUCGGAACUUCCGGUCGCAGAAGAGCAGCAGGCCCAGAAACCACAGCAACCACAGCAGCCACUGCAAUCACAGCAGCAGCAGGAAGUCGCCAAAGUGAAGGAACGCUCUAAUGACUCCUCCGAAGAAAAAUCCGCCGACGACAGCAAGGAGAAGAAGAGCAGCGAAGAAGACAAGUCUUCCGAGGAGCAGAAGGACGCCAAGCCUAAGCUCGCGGGAGAAUUGCUCCCGAAACCCGAGCAGUAAAUCUCGGUGCGGGGAGGGUUUGAUUGAUGAGUAACUUCAGCAGCGCGGCAGCAACAGCAGCAGCAGCAUCAUCUCAAGAAGAAGAAGGAAGAAGAGGAUUGCUCCUCUUAAGGAUCGGGACGAGCUCAGGCAUCGGCGUCUCUAGGUGCCACCGGGACGUGGGCAUGAGUUCGUCGCGAGACAACAGGAGCGGAAGCGAGAGAGAAAGAAUGUGUGUGUGUGUGUAUAUGUGCGCGUGCGUAUGUGUGAGAGAGCGAGAAUGCGAAUACGAGAAUGCCAGAGUAGGCAGCACACUCUCAGCGACGAAUCCGGAAAGUGUGAAAGUACCGCACAGGGUGAAUGAGAGAGAGAGAAAGAGAAAAAAUAAAGAGAGCGAAAGAAAGAGAGAGAGAGAGAGCGCGAAAGAGCGACCCCAUCGACCCCAUCGAUCUUUCUAUAGGGUAGAGUUGUCCGUUCUUCGACAGCGCACUACGAUCUCGGUAGCGCAUCUCCGGGAGCGCGGGACGAUCGCGUGUUACCGGAUGCCGUGAUACCGGGCGAACGACACCGCGUAUCGUAUAUCUUCGAUACGCGGCGAUCGACGCCCGCGAUCCGGCGUUCCGGCAGACGGCAGACGGAGAACACGCGGCGAUCCAUCACGGGGAUGCGGCUCGGCUUCUAGCUCCGAGCGGCAUUCCCGUUCGUCCCGGCGGACAUCGCGAUCUGUCCGCGGGGACGAACUCUGCCCUCCCCUCCGCCCGAUUAAUAUCUCUCAUCCCCCCCUUUAUGGAACCCCCCUGUGUCCCAUCCGAGAAUGACACACCACUACAACACCUGAUAAACUUAUCCCGAUAAACUAUGUAGUAAGUAGCUCGACUCUCUCUGUCUUCUUUUUAGAGAUAACAUGUGUCAUUAUUAUUAUUAUUAUUACGAUUUAGUACCAGUACCACUAUUAUUAUUAAUAUUAUUAUUUGUAUUAUUGCUAUCAUCAUCGUUAUAAUAAUAAUUAUUAUUAUUACUGUGAAUCCCCCGUCGGUCUCGUGUUACUACCAACCGCCCAUUUUUAUAGAUCGCUGGUGUUCGUGUUCACGAGUCGCGAGGUCGAGUUUCAUCGUUUUCAGAACUUAACAACAUAUAUAGAAGUGUAAAAGUAUAGAAUCCAGAUUUUAUAUAAUGGUAAUAACCACGAGACUCUACUCGGUUCUUACAUAAACGGAGAUAUUUUUCGAACGAUAUCGUUGAAGCGAGAAUAGACUUCCGAGAUCCAUGUCCCGUACGUAAUUUUCUUCCAAUACGUAAUACCUUCCGAUAUAUUCUCAAUACAUGUGUAAAAUUUCAAACAAA